AGCAAGAUGUCGUGGUAACGGGCAGAGGAGGGAUUCGUAGUGUUUGUUCAUAUCGGCGUUUGUUAAAUUCUUGUGAUGGGGAAACGGAAAAAGGGCUUCAACUGGAAAGCUCGAGAGAAUCCCGAAACUGUCAUCGACAGGAGUGGCGAGAAAAAGAUAAAGCUAGACAAGAGCUUGCAGCAGGGUGCAUAUGAUGAGAGCAACAUGCUGGUGUUGCCUGCCGAGAAAAGGAAGACGAAAGUUAAACAUGAGAGCCUGGAGAAGCCUCAGAAACUGAGCAAAAAACAGAGGAAGAGGUUAGAGAAAGUCCUGGAGCAAAGGGAAAAAAAAUCCAAGCGAGCAGAGUUGUUGGAGUCCCUGUCUCAGGUCCAGGCUAGCUCUGAGGAGUACAGCCUCUUCACAAGCACAUCAGAGAUGCAGUCCAAGGCCUACAAAAGGAAUCUGAAGAUCGAGACAACUGCUGAAGGUCUGGUUAAAGUGAAUGCCAUAGCUGGCAGCAAUAAAACCAAGAAGAAUAGAAAGAAUCCAAAGAUUGAGGAAAAAGAAAGUGGCGAGGAUUCAGAGUCCUCCAUUAACACAUCUGACAUGUCAACUGAUGAGGAGGAAGAGGACACUGAAAGUAGUCCCGCAAAAAGACCUCUGCCACAGGAAGUUGAAAGAGACAAUAUUCAUACACCAGAGAAAAGUAGUCAUGAAAGUAGUGCCAAGGGUGAACCAGUUUCUGGAAAAGAAGAUCAGAAACCUAAGACAUUGUUAAGCAAGAAUCCAAGGGAAAGCAAGCCUGUGAUUAACAUACCUGUUCAUAGAAGUGCGGAAAUUCAGGAGAGUCGUUUGAAGCUACCUAUCCUGGGGGAGGAGCAGCAGAUUAUGGAGACAAUCAGCGAGAACCCCGUGGUGAUUAUCUGUGGUGAGACGGGCUCGGGAAAAACCACGCAGGUGCCACAGUUCCUGUAUGAGGCAGGAUAUGCCCAUGGAGGUGGAAUUAUUGGUGUGACUGAACCCAGGAGAGUUGCCGCGGUCAGUAUGUCUCACAGGAUCGCCACAGAGAUGAAUCUUUCUGCAAGAGAAGUGUCCUACCAGAUUAGGUACGAGGGAAACGUCACGGAUGACACACGGAUAAAACUCAUGACGGACGGUGUCUUGCUGAAGGAGGUUCAGAAAGACUUUCUGCUGACCAAAUACUCUGUCAUAAUUAUAGACGAGGCUCACGAGAGAAGCGUCUACACAGAUAUUCUCAUUGGUCUGUUAUCUAGGAUUGUCCCUCUAAGGCACAAGAAGGGCAAGCCUCUGAAGCUGAUCAUCAUGUCUGCCACCCUGAGGGUGGAGGAUUUCACUGAGAACAAGCGUCUGUUUAAGCUCACCCCGCCUGUCAUACAGGUAGAUUCCAGACAGUUUCCAGUGACAAUUCAUUUCAACAAAAGAACUCCUGAGGACGACUAUUUGGCAGAAACAUACAGAAAGGUGUGUAAGAUCCAUCGCAUGUUGCCAGAUGGAGGAAUUCUGGUCUUUGUCACGGGUCAACAGGAAGUACACACACUCUGUAAGAAACUGCGAAACGCUUUUCCAUGGCAACAGAAAUCAACAUUAAGUAGCAGUGUUUCAAAAGGUAAAAGGACAAGAAAGAAAGUUUCAGCACUUCUUGAUGAGAAGGCCAAAUUGCCCAAAAUAAGCCUGGAUAACUACUCUGCUGAGCCAAUUGAUGAAGAGGCACAGUUGGAAUUGACCAAUCAGGACUCAGAAGCAGAAUUGUCUGACACCGAAGAACGUGGAGAAGAAGAUGAAGAAGGAAGUUCCCCUUUGUAUGUCUUGCCUCUGUACUCGUUGUUGUCAACAGAAAAACAACAGAAGGUUUUCAAACCACCACCAGAGGGCUGCAGGCUGUGUGUCAUAGCAACCAAUGUGGCCGAGACGUCCCUGACCAUCCCCAACAUCAAAUAUGUGGUGGACACUGGAAAGGUAAAAACCAAGUUUUAUGACAAAGUGACAGGUGUGUCAACAUUCCGUGUUACCUGGACAUCCAAGGCCUCAGCCAAUCAGAGAGCUGGUAGAGCGGGGCGCGUAGGUCCAGGACAUUGUUACAGGCUCUACUCCUCGGCAGUGUUCAAUGAUGACUUUGAGAAGUUUUCACCCGCUGAGAUAACACGGCGACCGGUCGAGGAUCUUCUCUUGCAGAUGAAGGACAUGGACAUAGACAGGGUGAUCAAUUUUCCGUUCCCCACUCCCCCAGAUGGCGACCAGAUCAAGGCAGCUGAACAGUUACUGAUAUCAUUAGGAGCUUUGGAACAACCUGUGAAACCAAAACGCUUUAAAGAUUUACAGAAAGAUUUUAGCACAAAGAUUACUCCCCUUGGUCGAGUUAUGGCGAGUUUCCCGGUUUCUCCACGAUAUGCAAAAAUGUUGGCACUGGGCCAUCAGCAUGACCUGUUGCCAUAUGUGGUUGCCAUAGUAGCAGCACUCUCUGUGCAGGAGAUGUUCCAAGAAAUAGAGAAGCCCGCUGCUAUGGAGAAUGCUAAAGAAGAACAAAGACAGCGUCGUGUGCGGAUGUACCAGAUCAGACGUACAUGGGCAGGCACUGGCCACUCGUUUUUGCUAGGUGACCUGAUGGUGAUGCUGAAGGCUGUGGGGGCGUGUGAGUACGAGGGCUGUUCCCCGGAUUUCUGCGCUCACCACGGCGUUCGCUAUAAGGCCAUGAAGGAAAUACGCAAACUACGUGCACAGCUCACUAAUACAGUGAACCUAGUCAUUCCUGACACCUCCCUAUGCCUUGAUCCUAAGUUAUCUCCCCCUAAUGACUUACAGGCCAAGCUGUUACGACAGAUUGUAUUGGCUGGGAUGGCAGACCAUGUAGCAAGGAGGUGUGCAGACCCACCCCCUGGGGCUGAUGAGGAGGCUAAAAAAUGUAGACAUGCGUACCAGUGCACAGAGCUUGAGGAGCCUGUAUUUAUCCACCCUACCUCGGUUCUGUACAAGCAGAAUGCAGAGUUUGUUGUGUACCAGUACAUCCACGAGACGUCCAAACUUUACAUGAAAGGGGUGACAGCCAUUGAAGAUCAUUGGCUGCCGAUAUUUGCUCCAUCUCACUGUACAUAUUCUAAGCCAAUGGAUGAGCCUCUACCCAGAUAUGACCCAGUCAAAGACCAGGUGGUGUGUCAUAUGACCUCUACAUAUGGACGUUGUUGUUGGGCAGUCUCGGCCACAGAGUUGGAAUAUCCACAAGGUCUUGAUCGCUUUAAGUGGUUUGCACGGGCUUUGUUAGAAGGGGAGGUAAUCCAUGAACUCAAGCAGUUUGUUCCAUGUUUGCUGUCUGUACCUGCGACAAUGAUCAAACCUUGGGCCAAGCUUCAGCCCAGAACAGAGACUCUCCUGAAGGCGUUGAUAUCUGAGGCUGUGGACACUAGACAGGUGCUGACAACAGUCUGGAGAAACAAACCUAAGUAUCUUCUCUCUGCAUAUUUGGAAUGGCUGCCAGAAUCUCAGCAUGAAAUGGUCCGGAAGAUAUGGCCACCAUUGUCAUAGUAGCAAUGUCUGUAAUACUUGUAUAAACAUCAUACGAGACUGGAUGAAAAACCAGCCUUUGUGGCUGAUGUGGUUAGCACGCCGACGUGGCACAAUGACCCAGCAGCCUCUCACAAAUAUGGUCGCUGUGAGUUUAGUCCAGCUCUUGCUGGCUUCUUUCUGUAACAACGUGAGAAGGUCUAUCAAUAACCUGCAGAUGGUUGUGGGUUUCCCCCGGGCCCUGCCCAGUUUCCUCCCACCAUAAUGCUGGCCGUCGUCAUACAAGUGAAAUAUUCUUGAGUACGGCGUAAAACACCAACCAGAUAAAUAAAAAUCAGCAUAUACAUUGUAAACUAUUUGUGUAUGUCUCCUCCAGUACGUAAGGUAACCUGUUGUGAAAGCAAAGGUACAGUAUAUGUGUUCAGGAUAAACCAAAUGAUGGUGUGUACAAGGUGAACACAAUGAAAGCAGGACAAACAUUCAUAGUUGAUAAAAAUUGUUCUUUUUUUAAUUUAGAAGGAAAUAUGAGAUAAACCUGAUUAUUGCAGGGCACUACGUAUGUACCUUUUUGUUGGCCCAACGUCAGCGGCUAGCAUCGUGGCAUACGCCUAAAAGGCUCCAGGAAGAACACGAAGGGUGGCUGACAGCCAAAGAGGGCUGCUGAUCAUUAUUAAAUGAUCGAUAGAAGUAUGAUGUAAAACCAUGUGUUCUGUUUUCACCUCCUGCUAUCCAUCCAUUAAUGAUAGGGAAGGCUCUGUUAUAUGUAUACAAAUCUGCUUUUCUCUCACUGUGAAGAUGAGGUUUGGCAUAUACACUGUACCUGUAGCUGAAACAUGGUUGAUGAGAAUUAACUCAAUAGUUUGUUUACACAUUUUCCUGAUGUCUACAAUACAGUUGUAGAAUUAACAAUACAGUUGUAGACAUCAGGCUGCAGAGGAAGUAAGAAAGGGUUUAGUACUUUAUUAAUGUAUGUUGUUGUUGUUUUUAUUGAUACAGCAGGCCUGUACAUGAUUUUGUAUUAUAAACAAAAAUAAAACUGAAUGACUUUUCGAGAA